AUGGAGUUAAACAGGGCCACUAGGGACGGUGAGGAGAUUCAGUACUGGGAGUGUGACACGCUCACCCAGGUCUCAGCAAGAAUUCUCGAAAAAUUACGGAGAAAAGCCCAAUUGGAACCGGAAUCAAAGGUGACCUUGGUGAUUGCAGACCCUGCUCUUUAUGAUAAUGGGAAGCUAGAAGUUGUUCCUCUGAUCAGCACAGUCAACCUCUUGCCGCGAAUCAAUGUCGUGUUGGUCGAGUCAUGGGAAGAGUUGAUAAUGCUAACCAAAAGCCAUUACACUCCUGGUUCUCCAAUGGCACCAGGAUGCGUGGAUGAGAAUUGCAAAACGUUAGUAUUCUACCGGGUGUUAGAGCACUUUUCGGAGCAACUAGAUGGGCAGAAAGUUAACUACUGGGGGAAUCUCUUAUACAAAUUGAUAAAGGUGACGAGAUGCGAGGUAGACUGUGUGGAAGUUGGGGUGGACGAGACCCAAGUGCCCAACACCGAAGCAUCAUCGGAUAUGAUCUCGCUAGAGCUACUUUUAUCUAAAUGGAUGAAUAUCGAAUAA